AUGUCAACAAUAAGAGCGUUAUUUAACUACCAAACAAACCCAACGUCCGAAGUGGUUUUUGAAGUCCUGGCGAGUUCCGACACCUCGAAACCAUUUCAUGGACGCAAUUUACAUCCCAAUGUUGUGGAUACUUUUUCUACAGCACUGGAGCUGUGCUCCAUUACUUCUAAAAAUGGUAGCGUCGCAGCAUUGAUUGAUGUUCGUCCCACGAAUGGAGUUUGUGAUAUUACCUGCUUGCUGUGUAAUAAAUUAAACAUCUCUCACCUUUCCGUGGGUUGGCAAAUAACUGAUACGUCAGACGAAGAUCUAUUCACAUUCUUUUAUCAUCCGCCAUCGGAACUUAUUUCUAAAGCAUAUGCAACUCUUAUCAAGGAAUUAGAAUGGGACAGAUUUACUAUAUUUUAUGAGGAUGAUGGGAGUUUUAUUCGACUGCAAGAAGUAAUCAAUUCCUGGCCUUACAAAAAUGAUCACAUUCAUUUUGAGAAAUUGGAACCUGACGGGGAUAAUAGAGAGACUUUUAAAAAUGUUUUUGUAGUUUUACGGAUAAGUUACCACGUGAUUGACUGUGACAUGAAUCGUAUUCAAAAAUAUAUGAAGGAAAUUGUGUCGGUUAAUAACUCUACGCAAUAUCAGAGUUUUAUUUUAACUGCACUGGAUUCAUACUUAGUAAAACUUGAUGAAAUAUCACAACUUCGGGCAAACGUUUCUACUCUUCAUUUAACCAAAUCAAAUGAACCAAUUUGGAGGGAUUACGGUAUAAAUGCAGAUGAAAUGUCUGCGACGUUAGAGACCGGAUUAACAGCUGAUGCUUUAAAUCACCUUGAAAAAGCAAUUCGUAUAAUGAGAAAGGAAAGUUCUGAAUACGCCGAACCACCAGAAUUAUGUUUCUCUGAAGAUAAAACAUCUUAUCAAGAGAAGGCUUGGCAACACGGAAAUACUUUAAGAGAAGUAUUGUUACAGACGACAUUUAGAGGCACUACGGGAAAUAUAACCUUUGAUGAGAAUGGAAAACGAACCAAUUUUACUUUAUAUUAUUCAAAAUUAGACAGUGAAAGUAAAUUUGUACAUGUUGGAACUUGGGACUCAAAGACAGAUAGCAUCGUUACUACAAAUACAGCAGUGACAGAUCGGUCCAAAGCUAUAACUUCAGAUUCGCUUGUUAGAAUUGCUACAAAAAUAGGGAUGCCAUAUUUCGACGUUGAAGAAUCGAAUGGCACAGUAGUGCAAAAAGGGUACGCAGUUGAUCUCAUUGAUGGAAUUUUUAGACAUAUUAGGCAGCAGAAGGGAUACGAGGACAUUAAACACGAGGUAUAUAAAAUAGAUGGAAAUGGCAUUGGAAACCAAAUAGCAGGAACAAAAAAAUGGGAUGGUUUAAUUGGAGAAGUUUUGGAAUUAAAUGCAGAAAUGGCCAUAUGUGACAUAACAAUUACAUCAGAACGUAGCUCUGUAGUGGAGUUUUCGACUCCGUUCAUGUCUCUAGGCAUAAGUAUGUUGGUUAGAGAACGUGAUCCUCAACAACCAGACAUGUUUUCUUUCAUAAAGCCUUUGGCUUUAGACGUUUGGCUGUAUUUGGCUACAGCUUACAUUAUUGUGUCUUUUGUACUUUUGAUAUGUGCGCGUAUGAGCCAGGACGACUGGGUGAAUCCUCAUCCAUGUAAUCAAAAUCCCGAAAAUCUGCAAAACAUUUGGAGUCUUUACAAUUGCAUGUGGCUUACAGUGGGUGCUAUAAUGACACAAGGAUGCGAUAUUCUGCCAAGAGCGGCAGGGUCACGGUGGGUCACGGGAAUGUGGUGGUUUUUCGCGCUCAUUGUGACUGCAUCGUACACAGCUAACAUGUCAACAUUUCUCAGUAACAGUCGUCGUGAUAAUGAAAUUAAGGAUGUCAAGGAGCUUUCGGAACAAAAUGAGAUAUCAUACGGUGUCCUGAUUAAUGGGUCGACAUACAAAUUUUUUGAGACAUCGAAUGAUUCUGUGUAUCAGAAGAUUUGGACUGUAAUGAAGUCGGCUAAACCUACUGUAUUUACUAAUAACAACGACGAAGGUCGAGACCGUGUACUUAGGAGUAAAGGCAAUUACGUUUUCUUUAUGGAAUCUACUGCUAUUGAAUAUUACAUGCAAAGGCAUUGCGAGCUUAAGAUGGUCGGUUCUAAAUUGGAUUCAAAAGAUUACGGCAUUGCUUUACAUAAAAAUUCACCUUACAAGCGCUUAGUUGAUAAUGCUAUAUUAGCAUUACAAGAGACAGGAGAACUAAUAGCGAUGAAAAAGAGAUGGUGGGAGAGUGAUGUGAAGGAAGGAGAUUGUCAGACAUUAGAAAACGAGGAAAAUGACAAUGGAUCACUGCAGAUGAAAAAUACAAGUGGAAUUUUCCUCGUGUUGGGAUUCGGUGGAAUUCUGGGAUUCUUCGUAGCUGUGAUAGAUUUUCUAUUACAUGCUAGACAGAUAAGUGUCAAAGAAAAGGUGACUUUCCGGGAGGCGGUAAUAAGCGAAUGGCGGGCUUCCCUCGACCCUCGAGUGCUGCACAAGCCAGCGGCCCCCCCUCGCUCCGCCGCCCCUUCGAUCGCAUCGCAGUCACCUCGCCGAGAGCGCUCGCAAUCUCGUGCUGUCUCAGUUUUAAGAGCAGCGACGUCGUUUAUCAAUUUUGAUGAGAUAUAU